GGGCGGACCACGACAGGCGCGCACAGACGACGCGCGUAAGAGCCGUCGGCGCGUCGGCAAAUAACCUCAUUGUGCAUUCACACAGUUAUUCUGCUUCUCUUCUCCUCCACCGUCAGAGAUAGUGUGAAGCCACAGCUCGUGUUCCGCCAUGGCCGCGCUGUCGGGAGGAGAGAUGUGCGUCAAGUACCUGAUGUUCGCCUUCAACCUGGUGUUCUGGCUUGCAGGUACUGCUGUAUUUGCCAUAGGCCUUUGGCUGAGAUUUGACCCAAAGACCAAAGGCCUUUUUGAGGGAACAGACUCUCCAUAUGUGUUUUACACAGGUGUAUACAUCCUGAUUGGAGCUGGAGCACUAAUGAUGCUGGUGGGUUUUCUGGGAUGUUGCGGGGCCAUCCGGGAGUCCCCUGCUAUGCUGGGACUGUUCUUUGGCUUCCUGCUCAUCAUAUUUGCCAUCGAGGUGGCAGCUGGAAUCUGGGGAUUUUCCAAUCAAAGCAAGGUGGUGAACGACAUCACAACGUUUUACAUGCAGACCUACAACAACUAUAAGACAACGGGAGAUGAGCGCCUCAGAGAGACACUGCGAUUGAUUCAAACAGGGCUGAACUGCUGCGGUCCAACUGGUACACCAGCAGACGCUGCCAAAGAAACCUGUCCCAGAGGGGAGCCACUUGAGGAGCUCAUUACUAAGAGCUGUCCUGACGUCAUCGAUGAUGUUUUCGAUUCCAAACUACACAUCAUAGGAGGAGUGGGCGUCACCAUUGGGGUUAUUAUGAUGUUUGGAAUGAUCUUUAGCAUGCUCCUGUGCUGCGCCAUCAGGAAAUCUCGGGAGGUGGUGUGACACCCGCCCCGCACACCACAUUGUUGUUAAUAUUGCAUGAUGUCAUUCCUUGAGUCCCAGACUCUCCACUUCCAAUAGAAACACUGCUUGUUCAAGGGGCAUAACAUAAGUAGAGACUGGGUGCUGAUAUUUCUGUUGUUUAUGAGAUUAUUCUUCAGCUAUACUCUCGACACUUUCCUGGACUAGAUAAAUGCAAUGUGGUUUUUAGACCCAACUAUAGAUCGAGUGUCGUAUGUGCUUAAGUAGUAAAGAAAUAAGCAAUCUGUGGUGAUUUGAUUGAAAUUAGUGCUUUGUGAACUGCUAAAUAUCUAAACAAAGGAUAAUAUUAUUUACUGAUCACAUUUCUACUGCUACCACUCGUGAUCACUCACUGGCAAGAAGAGUAAUAUUGGUCCAGGGUCACAGAAAAAGGCAACCAGCAACACUUCAGCACCAAACAGCAGCAGCCAAUGAAAUCCUAUGAUGCUAUUCUUACAACACUGACGUCAAACCACGGUGAUGAGUAGCCAGUUCAAUGCUGAGCAGUGAACUGCUGUGGCUGUUUAGGUAUUUGUGUAGCAUCUCAGUUUCUUUGUCGUUAGGAUAUUUCAUUUAUUCCUUUCCUUACUUCCCCCAUUAUUUCAUUCGCACUUGUUUAAAAUGCCUUCAAUAUUUUUGGUCACAUUUUGUAAAUGUUGCUUUUUUUUCAAAUCAGCAAAACAUUUUUAAUCUUAGAUGUUUAAAUGGUAUGUGUGGUUUGAUUGUGUAUUUUAUAAGGUCCAUUUCAUUUUACAGAGACUUGCUUGAUUUAUACCAUAUGCACUAUGUUUCACAGAGACAAAAAUUAUUGAGAACCAAAUAAACAAAAUGUACUAAUUCAA